AUGCCAUUUCUACUCCUUGUCACACUCGAUCCAGCGAAACCCUAAACAUUUGAGGGGCUUUGAUUUUUUCCGUCAUUCCGCCUCUGCCUCUCUCAGUGAGUCUCUCUCAUUCUCAACUUCCUCUCCCCAAAUCCGCUGCCAACUUCUUUCAGAUUUCUCUAUCGGUCUCUCUCAGCCGCUCGCGAUCUCUCUCUCUCUCUCUCGCAGCCGCUCUGUCGCUCUCUCCCAGAUUUGCAAAACCUGGUUGUAUGACAUUCUGAGUGUGCUCUUCAUCAAUUCGUGGGUCUUUCUUGAUUUUUAGAUUUCUGCAUAUUUGUCUUUUGGUUUUUAUGUUUUAUGCUUAUUUGACUUUGAGAAUUCCCAGGCUCAUGUAUGUGUACUGGUUUCGAUGAUAGAGCAUAAUAUAGGUUUCGAUCUGUGUGGCAGAUCUGUUUCAUUUUUCUGUCUAGUGCAGACACUCACUGAUAUCUUGUGCAACCAGCUUGAAAAAGAUGAGCUUAAACUGAACUCAAAGGUUUUGUCACUAUCUUACAGUCAGGGUGGGAACUGUGCAGUGCAUUAGGAAAUUGGUCAGUUUUCCGUGUUGUUGAUGAUGACAAGCAUUCACAAACUCAUGAAGAAACAUGGUGGUAAAGCAUGGAGAUUACUAUUGAAGAUUUGAAUGCUUCUCAAUCAAGACUAAUAUUGAAAAUUAUGCCAGAGAUUGUGCUAAUUUGAUUUGAGGAGUAUAAAACUCGUGGAAUUUGAUUUCUAUAUGUAAUGGAAAUUUACUUGUUUUGAUUUGAAUUUUCUUUUAACUUUGUAAAUAUGCAGACGAUGAUUGAGAUUACUCUCACAGGCUGCUAUGUACUGUAACAAUGAUUUCCGUGGAUUUGGACAUAAACCGACCCCUGGUUUUGGUUGCUUCCAGAAAUUUACCGUGUGCCCACGCUGAUCUUCCACGCUCUCUCUGCCUCUCUCCACGUCCAUAACGUGUUGGCAGGAACGUAGUUCAAUAACAUAUUCAUCUGCUGCUCAAGGCAAAACCACUGCCCAUAAAAAAAUAAUUAAUUAAUGGAAGGCAGUACCAAUUUGUAGUUGGUCUGAUCUGAACCAGUAUCAAUUAAUGGAUGCCAGGAAAGCCCAUAAAGCCUCCUCUUCAUCCUCCUCAUCAAAACGUUGGCAGUACCAAGUGUUCUUGAGCUUCAGAGGUGAAGACACGCGCAAGGGCUUCACAGGCCACCUCCACGCCGCAUUAUCUGAUGCUGGAAUCCGCGCCUUUCUUGACGACAACGAGCUAAAAAGAGCGGAAUUUAUAAAAACCCAACUGGAGCAGGCAAUCGACGGGUCCAUGAUCUCCAUAAUUGUCUUCUCCAAGAGUUAUGCCGAUUCCAGUUGGUGUCUUGACGAGCUGGUGAAGAUAAUGGAGUGCAGAGAAAGAUUGGGUGAACAGGUUAUUCCAUUGUUCUAUAAUGUUGAUGCCUCAGAUGUCCGGAAACAAACUGGUUGUUUUGCACAAGCAUUUGAGAAACAUGAAGCGGGCAAACAUGUGGAAGAAAAGGUACAGCGGUGGAGAAAUGCUCUCACUCAAGCUGCAGAUUUGUGUGGGGAAGAUCUUAAAAAUGCUGAUGGGCAUGAAGCAAAGUUUAUCAAGAAAAUUCUUGGGGAGGUUAAUAAGCAGUUGUACAGGAAAUACCAAUUAGACAUCGAACACCUUGUUGGAAUUACUUCUCGGAUGAAGGUUUUGAGUGAUCACUUAGAUAUUGAAAAUUCAGGUUCUAAGGAUGUUGUUCGCAUGAUUGGUAUUUGGGGGAUGGGCGGCAUUGGGAAAACAACGCUUGCCAAAGCCAUUUAUAACAAAUUUGAAGGUAGCUUUGAAGGUAGGAGUUUCCUUGCAAACGUGAGGGAAGUAAUUGCAAACCAACGCAGUAAUGGUCUGGUUGGUUUGCAAGAAAAACUUCUAAAUGAUAUCUUGAAAAGCAAGGACCCCAUAAAGGUUGAUUCUGUUGAUGUAGGAAUCACUGUGAUACAAGAAAGACUUCACUGUAAAAGAGCACUUGUCAUAAUUGACGAUGUAGAUGAAGUACAGAAGCUAAAAGCAAUAGCUAGAAAACGUGAUUGGUUUGGUCCUGGAAGUAGAAUUAUUAUAACAACAAGAGAUAAACAUUUGCUGGAGCAAAUUGGAGUGGAUAGCACAUAUCCCGCUGAAGAAAUGGAUGAAAAAGAAGCUCUUGAGCUCUUUGGUUGGCAUGUCUUUGAAAGUGGUUAUCCUAGUCAAGAAUAUCUUGACCUCUCAAAACGUGUAAUUCGUUACUGUCGAGGCUUGCCUCUAGCACUUGAAGUUGUAGGGUCUUUUCUGAUUAAAAGACCCACAGCGGAGUGGGAAAGCCAUUUGGAGAAAUUGGAAAGAAGUCCUGAUGGAGAUAUUCAAAAAAUACUCAGAAUAAGCUUUGAUGGGCUACCUGAUCAGGAAAAGAGAGAGAUAUUCCUUGAUAUAUCUUGUUUCUUUAUUGGAAUGGACAGGUACUAUGUCACACAAAUAUUAGAUGGAUGUGGCUUUUCUGCAACGAUGGGAAUCAGUGUCCUCAUUGAACGGUGCCUUGUAACUGUUAGUGAGGAAAACGAGCUGAUGAUGCAUGAUUUGCUUCGAGACAUGGGAAGAGAGAUCGUUCGUGAAAAAUCCCCCGGUCGUCCUGAAAAAUUUAGUAGAUUGUGGAAAUGUGAAGACGUAACAGAUGUAUUGAGCGAUGAAUCUGGAACUAAAAAAAUUGAAGGAGUUGCUCUACAUUCGGAUGGAGAUUGGGAUCUAGAUUCGACUAGAUUCAGUGCACAAGCAUUUACCAACAUGAAAAAACUGAGGUUACUCCGCCUCAGCAACGUAGAGCUCACUGGAGAGUACAAAGAUUUUCCCAAAAAUUUAAUAUGGUUGUGCUGGAAAUAUUUUCCUUUAGAGUCCAUACCAGAUGACUUUCCUAUGCAACCAAAACUAGUUGCUUUAGACCUGCAGGAUAGCGAACUCGAAAUAGUUUGGAAGGAUUGCAAGUUGCAUCAGAAUUUGAAAAUCCUUAAUCUCAGUCAUUCCUAUCAGCUAACAAAAUCACCAGACUUUUCAAAACUCCCAAAUCUCGAGGAAUUGAUAUUGGAAGGCUGUGUGAGUUUGUCUGAGGUUCACUCAUCCAUCGGGGAUCUUGGAAGACUUUCUUCGGUAAAUCUAGAACGCUGCGAAAUGCUAAAGGAUCUCCCACUGAAUUUCUAUAAAUCCAAGUCUAUUGAAACUCUUCUACUUAAUGGUUGUCUAAGUUUUGAAAAGUUGGCUGAGGGCUUAGGGGACAUGGUAUCAUUGACAACUCUGAAAGCGGAUUACACAGCCAUAAGACAAAUACCAUCGUCCAUAUUAAAAUUGAAGAAACUGGAAGUUUUAUCUUUAUGUCAUGUGGAAGGGUCGCCAUCAACAAAUCUUUUGCCUCCAUUGCAAAGUUUAAGCUCUUUAAGAAAAUUAGCUCUUGCUGAGGAUCUCGGUAGCCUAAUUUCCUUAGAUCUUGGAGAAAAUGAUUUUUGCAGCCUACCAAGCCUCAGUCGUCUUUCACAGCUUCAAGAUUUGUCUUUAAAUAAGUGCAAAAAUGUUCGUGCAAUCCCAGAUUUACCAACAAAUUUGAAAGUCUUACGAGCAGGUGGCUGCAUUGCCCUGGAAAAAAUGCCAGAUUUUUCAGAAAUGUCAAAUAUAAGAGAAUUGUAUCUAAGUGAUUCGGUCAAACUCACUGAGAUUCCAGGCCUGGAUAAGUCAUUAAACUCCGUGACAAGGAUUCAUAUGGAGAAGUGCACUAAUCUCACCGCCGAUUUUAAAAAGAACAUCCUACAGGGAUGGACUUCUUGCGGAUAUGGUGGCAUUUUUCUCAGUGGAAAUGAUAUUCCUAAUUGGUUCCACUAUGUCCAUGACGAUGAUAUUCUGUAUUUCACUGUGCCUCAAAGUGUUGGUCGUAAUUUGAAAGGGUUAACUUUGUUCUUCGUUUACUCUUCAUGCAUGGACUCUCCAUUCGUUUGCAUUAGCAUUAAAAACAUGACCAAGGGUACUGAGCUUGACGCAAGGAUCAUACACGAUUGUCGCAUUGAGGGUAGGGACAGUUGUCUUUGGCAGGGACAGUUAUCAAAUGACGAGCUCAAAUUGCAAGACGGUGAUAAAGUGUUGAUUGAAAUAAUAGUGAACAGUGAUGAUUGGGUGAAGGUGAAGAAAACAGGUUUUAGUCUGGUAUGGGACAAAUUUAUGAACGAAAAUAUGAUUGAUUACCAUCUUUGUGCGUAUGAACGACGCGCAUCUCAAAAUCUGGUCAAUGAUGAUGACGUCAUUCGUGUCGAAUAUGAUAAUCACAUAACAAAAUCACCGGACUUUCCAAAAUUCCCAAAUCUUGAAAAGUUGAUAUUGAAAGGUUGUAAGCAGUUGAUCAAGGUUCACUCAUACAUCGGGCAUCUUGGAAGACUUUCUUUGGUAAAUCUUGAAGACUGCGAAAUGCUAAGGGAUCUCCCACUGAGUUUCUAUAAAUCCAAGUCUAUUGAAACUCUUAUACUGAAUGAAUGUUGGAGUUUUAAAAACUUGGCCGAUGGCUUAGGGGACAUGGUAUCAUUGACAACUCUGAGAGCAGAUUACACAGCCAUCAGACAAAUUCCAUCUUCCAUAGUAAAAUUGAAGAAGUUGAGAAUUUUGUCUCUAUAUGGCUGCUGGCGGUUAAGUGAGGAUGCAAUCCGUAAGGAUCUAUGUAGCCUACUUUCCUUAGAAGAUCUGCUUCUUGGAGGCAAUGAAUUUCGUAGCCUUCCAAGUCUCGCUGGUCUUUCAAAGCUCAAGGUCUUGUGUGUAAAUGGAUGCGAACAUCUUCGUGCAAUCCCAGAUUUACCAACCAAUUUAUAUGUUCUGAAAGCAAAUGACUGCCACAAAUUGGAAAUAAUUCCAGAUUUUUCAAAGAUGUCGAAUCUGAGAGAAUUGUAUCUACGUGAUUCGGUCAAACUCACUGAAGUUCCAGGCUUGGAUAAGUCAUUAAACUCCGUGACAAGGAUUCAUAUGGAGAAGUGCACUAAUCUCACCGCCGAUUUUAGGAAGAACAUCACAGAGAUGGACUUCUUGCGGAUUUGGUGGAAUUUAUUUGAAUGGAAUUUAUGAUAUUCCUGAGUGGUUCACAUUCGUCAAUCAUGUUGACAAUAUCGUUUCCUUUGAAGUUCCUAUGGGUCGUGAUUUAAAAGGGUUGACUAUAUGCUUCGCAUACUCUACAAACAGGCCAAAACUUGAAGAUUCUGAAGGUCCUAUUUGCAUUAUCGUUAGAAAUCUUACCAAACAAACUACUUUGCACACCAAGAUAGCAAUUGCCUCCAUAAACAUUUGGAGUACAUCUAUAUACCAUUAUCUUUGGC